AUGGCUGAAUUCGAAAACAACUUUGAUGACCUCUUGCAAAGGCCAGCAAACAAUAAUAUAUCCGAGACCUUGAGCAAUGUAGACGUGUCUAAUCCAUUUCAUGACGCAGUCUCACUUUUGAUUGCGCCAGUAAGUCCUUUAACUGAUGUUAGUGAUAAGGAUACAUACGACUUAUAUAUCGAGUCUCCUCUGAACAAUCCGUUAAAGGAUAGCCUGAUCUCCUCCGAACCGGAAGUACAAAGUAUAGAGAUCAAGUUUGACGAGGAAAGGAAUUUCGAAGAAGUUGAUGUGUCUUCCUUUAAGGGGACAGAUACUACCUCAAUUUCAUCAGAGGGUCACGUUCAUGAAAUUAGCAAUAGUGACGAGUCUUUUGAUGAAGAAAAUAUUAUCGGAAAAGAAUCACACGUGCAGUCGAGAGUAGCAAGCUUCAGUUUGAAUGCAAACCAGACAAAUUUUCAUGGGAUUGGAGAGUCGAUUCCGGUAUUCGAAAUCACAGUUGAAGACCCGCAAAAAAUUGGCGAUCCCAUCAAUGCACAUAUUAUAUAUAAAGUCCGAACUAGGACUACAUCCACUGCAUUUAAAGAUAAAGAAUUCACAGUUUUAAGGCGAUAUCGUGAUUUUCUGUGGUUAUAUAAUCAAUUAACGCUCGGUAAUCCGGGAGUCAUAGUUCCACCUCUACCAGGGAAACAUGUCAUUGGUCGAUUUCAGGAUGAAUUUGUAGAAAAUCGUCGUCAAGCACUUGAAAAAUGUUUGAAUAAGAUCAUAUCUCAUCCGAUGUUAUGCUGCAAUCCAAAUUUAAAGUUGUUUUUAGAGUCCGAUACUUUUGUUACUGAUGUCAAACGUAAAAGUCAAGAUGAGUCAAAAAGUGUAUUGAAAUCAUUGGGUGAAGCAGUGUCAAACGCUACCACAUUUAGCAAAUUUGUAGAAACAGAUGAAUGGCUUGAGAAUCGAAAAAAUCAGUUGGACAUUCUGGAUUCACAAUUGAAGGCAUUACUUAAAUCAGUUGAAGCUGUUGUUAAACAACGCAAAGACUUGGGAACUACGAUUGUGGAUUUUGGGGAUAGCAUUUUGUCUUUGGCUAACACCGAAAUUAAUAAGCCGCUAGCAAAUAAUCUCAUGACAUUAGGAAACUUACAACGAAAUAUUAAGGAAUUACAUGAAAAGCAGGCACAGCAGGAUGCUAUUAAUUUAGAAAACACGAUAGACGAAUACAUCCGCCUGAUUGGGUCGAUUAAGAUUUAUCAGACAUGGCAGAAUGCUAUAUACGAUUUACAAAAGAAAAAGGCGAACUAUGAAAGGCUAAAAGUUCAAGGAAAGAUAGGCCAAGAUAAACUAUCGAUCAUGUUAGCACAAAUUGCUGAGUCUGAACAUCGUGUGGAAGAUAGUAAGCACGAAUUUGAAGAUGUCUCUAAACUUAUUAAGGCUGAAUUGGAUCGAUUUGACAAAGAGAAGGUAGAGGAUUUUAAGAAUAGCGUUGAAGCUUUUUUGGAAUCAAUGGUAAAAACGCAGAAAGAGCCAAACGGUUCCCCAAAUGGUCCGGUGUCCCCAGUACAUUCUCCCGCACAUACGCCGUCACCGCCUGCAACGUCUCCAGGUCAAACUUCACCGUCUCUUAGUUAUCUUGCUCCUCAUGGUGUACCGACAAUUUACGGUGGUAACAUGCACCUGUUUCCAUUUCAAUCGAAAUUACCGUCAAUGGGACACGCAUUUGGUCCACAUUCCCUCCUUAACCAAACCUCUGGAUCUCCCGGACAAGCUCUAAUGUCUCCGCCGUCAUUUACUUCAGGUGUAACCAACAUUUUAACAACAAACAGCUUAGGUACUAUCAAUACGACACAUUGGCAACAACAACUAAAUUAUGCUCAGUUAUCUCGUCAAUCGGCUACACCUCACCACCACGCACGACAGGCUGCUGCAGCAGCUCGUAACAGUAGUAUUGGUAGCUCGGCAAUCGCAAUAACAGAUCCAAACAAUCCGAAUAAACCACCAUUAAAUGGCGUGCUUUCAAAAAAAGAGACAAAUGGAGAUAAGCACGAUCCACCUUUUCAACAAUGGAUGACUAUUGAUCUGGGUGGCAUGGGCCUCAAAAAUAUUAGUAAAGAACUAUUCCAAUACGGCUUUCUCACCACUCUCUAUAUAAAUCAUAACAACUUGACAUACGUUUCUCCGGAAAUAUCCAAGCUAAGACAUCUUACCUUGUUAGAUAUCUCUGGUAAUAAAUUGUCAGUUAUACCACCUGAGUUAGGUAUGCUGACUAAUUUAAGAGAUCUUCUACUGUUUGAUAACUUGAUCGUGACUUUGCCUUUUGAAUUGGGUACACUCUAUCAAUUGGAGACACUCGGGCUGGAAGGAAACCCGAUAAAUGAAGCAAUAAAAUCCUUGCUACAAAAAGACGGUACAUCGGCUGUUGUAUCAUUUUUACGGGAGAAUUGUCAAGUACCGCCACCUCCAAUGGAAAGGGAUUGGAUAACGUUAGAGAAUGAACCCGCUGGUGGAGAUCGUGCAGAUACUUUUACGCUCCUUUGCUAUAAUAUCCUGUGUGAAAAAUACGCCACCACUCAACUAUAUGGAUAUACUCCUUCGUGGGCCCUUUCAUGGGAUUAUCGGAAAGAGCGGAUCAGACGCGAAGUGUUGAGAUAUAAUGCGGACAUCGUGUGCCUUCAGGAGGUUGAUACUUCACAAUAUGAAGAAUAUUUUAAGGAUGUAUAUAGUAAGCUCGGAGAUUAUGAUAGCUUGCAUUGGCCAAAGUCUCGUGCAAAGACAAUGACUGAUGUAGAAAGGAAAUCGGUUGAUGGAUGCGCAACAUUUUUUAAGUCUUCAAAAUAUAAAUUAAUCGAUAAACAAUUGAUCGAGUUUAAUCAAGUUGCGUUGCAGAGGCCUGACAUAAAAAAAACAGAAGACAUGUUCAAUCGUGUUAUUACCAAAGACAAUAUUGCAAUUGUAACAUUACUCGAGAAUAAGGAAAAUUUUUCACGUCUUAUUAUUGUAAACUGUCAUAUUCAUUGGGACCCCUCAUAUGCAGAUGUCAAGCUUGUUCAAGUUGCAAUGCUAAUGGAUGAACUAGACAAACUUGCCCAAAAAUGGUGUGAUAUACCUAGCAAAUCAAUUUAUAAUUACAGUUCCCCACAAAAGAUAUCAACCAUAAUUUGUGGGGAUUUCAAUUCUACUCCUGAUUCUGGAGUGUAUGAAUUUCUUUCGCGUGGUACCAUAAAACAAGAUCAUUGUGAUUUUGGUGAUCAUAUUUAUGGCUCAUAUGUAUCGGAGGGUUUGUCGCAUAGGCUUUCACUAAAAUCUGCAUAUUCCAAUAUCGAGGAGUUGCCAUUUACCAAUUUCACACCUAGGUUUGCUGGGGUCAUUGAUUACAUUUGGUAUUCUACUAAUACAUUAAGUGUUACUGGUCUUUUGGGCGGUGUGGAUAAAGAAUACAUGUCAAAAAUGGUUGGAUUUCCGAAUGCACAUUUUCCGUCUGAGUGA